AAAAAAAAAAAAAAUAAAGUUUAUGUAAAUGAAUUUUUUUCCGUAGGAUAGAUAUGCACAUAUAAAACUGAAAAAAAUAUUAAAAAAUACAAAAGUCUUUUUCCUUCUUUUUCUUUUCAUUUAAAACUUUUAUCCAACUAAAACAAAAAAAAUGGUUCAUAUAGAAGAAGAAUCAGAUGCUGUUCAGAAUAUACCUCGCUUAUAUGCUUUAACUUUAGCUGAUGAUGUAUAUCCGUAUUCCUCUUUUAAAGGAAAAGUAAUUAUUCGGUUUAUUUUGAAGCCUGGUUCUUUAGCUGCUGGAGGAAGACCUACUUUAUAUACCAACUAUCCUAUUACAGGAGAGGAAUUUGAAAGGCAUAAUUUCCAUCCCGUCAAAUUUAUUAAAGAUCCUCAUUUACUUCAUGCUUAUUGUGAUAUCACUCUCGAUUUUCCAGGUGCUUAUGAAUACAAAGUUGAAUAUACCUGUAAUAAACAAACCCAAAUGGCCAAUAUUGGUUACGUUAUUGCUGAACCCCGUAUUCAAUUACCGCAUCUUACUCGUCAAAAUGAUCUGUUACCAUUAGAUGCUUUAAUGAUUUUGUCUAUGGUUCCAAAAUGGAUGGGUCCUAUCACAAAAUGGGAUAAAUUAAUUGAACAAGUAAAAUAUGCUGGCUAUAACAUGAUUCAUUUUGUGCCUUUACAAAAGCGUGGUAUUUCGAACUCACCUUAUAGUAUCAGUGACCAAUUAGCUUUUGAUGAUGACGUCUUUGAAGAACACGAUCGUCAAAAAUCCAAUUCAGAAAGAGUGGCUAUUGUACAGCAAGCAAUUGAGAGACUUAGUUCAAAGUAUGGUAUCCUUAGUCUUUCUGAUGUUGUUUGGAAUCAUACAAGUAACAGCACCGAAUUUUUAUUAAAACAUCCUGAAGCAGGUUAUAAUCUUCAUAAUUCGCCUCAUCUUGUACCUGCAUAUGAAUUGGAUACAGCUUUGGUUGAGCUUUCUGGAAAAUUUGAACAAGUUGGAUUACCUCGUGACGUCAAAUCUCCCGCCGAUGCUGAUAUCAUCAUUGAUUACAUCAAAAACAAUACUUUUAAGGAAAUUAAACUUUAUGAAUACAAGGUAAUUGAUGUUGCUUCUCAACUUGAGAAGAUGCGUGAAGCACUCAAGUCACAUAAUAUUCAAUGUGAUCCUAGUCUUUACCAAAAUGUCGCCCAACUACCUGUGAAAGAACGUGUGAUUCUCUUUGGCAAACAGGUAGUUCAAAACGGUCACUUAGGAAGUCGAUUCCAUAAAACCGUAGAUAUGUCACAGGCAGUUGCCUUUUUACUUGCCUUUAAUCAUAUUUCAAGUUUAGAACAAGUAUCAGAGGAUCGUGUGGAUGGUUUAGUGAAUUCAUUCCAAAAUUUAUUAAAUGAUUACAAUUUGCCUCUUUAUGAGGAAUAUGAUGAAGAUUGUAAAGUAGCUCUCGAUAAUAUUAAAGGAAGACUUUUAUUCACUCGAUUAGCUGAAAAUGGUCCUAAAUUAGGCACCAUUUCAAAGAGUAAUCCUGUUAUCGAGACUUAUUUUACUCGUCUAGAAGAUAAAGAAAAUCAACAUCCAAAAGGUAGCAUGAUGUUAGCUAAUAAUGGUUGGAUAUGGAAUGCAGAUCCACUUAAUGAUUUUGCUGGUCCUGGUUCGAAUGCCUAUUUACGUCGUGAAGUCAUUGUCUGGGGAGACUGUGUCAAGCUUCGCUACGGUCAAUCACCUAACGAUAAUCCUUGGUUAUGGAAACACAUGCGUGAUUACACUGAACUUAUUGCAAGUAUGUUCCAUGGUAUUCGUAUCGAUAAUUGUCAUUCAACACCUAUACAUGUGGCUGAAUACCUUUUGGAUGCUGCUCGUAAAGUACGUCCUGACCUCUAUGUUUUGGCUGAACUAUUUACAGGUUCAGCUGAAAGGGAUAAUGAGUUUGUAUCCCGUCUAGGUAUUCACGCUUUGAUUCGUGAAGCUAUGCAAGCUUGGGAUACCCAUGAAUUAUCUCGAUUAACACAUCGUCAUGGUGGUAAGCCUGUUGGUAGUAUGGAUGAAGAUAUGAUUUGGAAGAGAGUACCUUAUGAGGGUGAUGAAUACGAUCAAGUACUCUUAAUUCCUAUUGCUCAUGGCAGUAUGCCUCGUGCUUUGUUUAUGGAUUGUACACAUGAUAAUGAAACACCUUUCCAAAAAAGAACUGCAGAGGAUGCUUUACCCAACGCUGCAAUUGUCGCAUUUUCUGAUUGUGCUAUUGGUAGUGUUAAAGGUUAUGAUGAGAUUUAUCCUCGUUUAUUGGAUAUUGUAAAUGAAAAACGAAAAUAUGAUCCUAAUCCUAAACUCGAUAUUGGUAUCCUUGAAGCCAAGCAUAAGCUGUUGAACCUUCAUCAAAAGAUGUGUUUUGAAGGUUAUCGUGAAGUCUAUGUUCAUCAAGAAAAUGACUAUCUGCUAGUACAUCGUCAGCAUCCUAGCUCCCAAUCUGGCUAUUUACUUAUUUCUCGAACUGCCUUCCCUGGUCAAGGUACGGGUCACUCCCCUAUCCGCCUUCGCAAAUCCCAAGCAUCCUUUGAAUUUGCCUACUCUCUUAAAAUUGAUAACCAUUUAGUGAAAGAAGCUGAAUAUCUAAACGGUCUACCAACUCAUCUUGAGCCUUUAAAUCCUCCUCGUUUUGAACAUGGACAUGACGAAAAGGGAGAGUAUGUUGAAAUUAUUUUGUCUGAUAAUUUUACUCCAGGUUCUAUCUGUGUCCUUAAGACAUCCAUUGGCGAUAAAUAUAAAGAAGUUCGCAAGCUGAUUAGCAUAAUAGAUGAUGAAGUAGUCAAAGAUUUGGAUCUUUUGGCAAUAAAUGUUGUACUGUAUCGUUGUAGUAGUGAAGAGUAUGAUUCUACGGGCGGUGAUGGUGUCUAUAAUGUGCCCAACUAUGGCAAUCUUGUUUAUGCAGGUCUUCAAGGUUUCAUGUCUGUCCUGAAUCUAAUUAUAGAAAAUAACGACCUGGGACAUCCUCUAUGCGAUAAUCUGCGGGCAGGUCAAUGGGCCCUAGAUUACUCUAUACAUCGUCUUGAGAAAUACAAGCAAGAUUAUCCUUCACUUGAGCGCUUAAUUGACUGGUUUAAGGAACGUGCUGAGUUGAUUCGACAGGUACCUGAUUUUUUGGUGCCCAAAUGUUUUGCUCUGAUCAUCAAAACCGCUUAUGAUAAAGUCUAUGCACAGGCUUUAACACUUAUGUCACCUCUUGUUCAAAAUGGUGACACGUUUAUUAAACAAUUGGCCAUGACAAGUGUUCAAAUGCUUGGACAAGUACCCUCUGCAGGCCUCUGUCCUACUAAAUCAACUCCUUCUUUAGCAGCUGGAUUACCUCAUUUUACUAUCCGCCAUAUGCGAGUUUGGGGCCGUGAUGUCUGUAUCUCCCUUCGCGGCCUUUUGAUGGUCACUGGACGCUUUAAGGAAGCUAAAGAACAUAUCUUGGCCUUUGCUGGCUCCCUCCGUCAUGGGCUUAUUCCUAAUCUUCUUGACUCAGUCCGUUACCCUCGUUAUAACUCACGAGACUCUGUUUGGUUCUUUAUGCAAUCUAUUCAAGACUAUUAUCAUUUGGCACCUGAUGGCCAUUCCAUUCUCAACACACCUGUGCCUCGCCGUUUCCCUAAAGAGGAUCGAUUUGUUGAGGUCGAAGAAGGUUACCAAUACUCAACCACAAUUGCGGAAAUCAUUCAAGAGAUUUUUGAACGCCAUGCACAUGGAAUUCAUUUUAGAGAGUAUAAUGCUGGAUCUAAAAUCGAUGAACAAAUGUCGGAUAAGGGAUUCAAUAUUGAUAUCGAUGUAGAUUGGUCAUCCGGUGUACUUGUCGGUGGUAAUAUCUGGAACUGUGGCACUUGGAUGGAUAAGAUGGGUGAAAGUGUCAAGGCAGGUAAUAAGGGAUACCCUGGUACCCCUCGUGAUGGCGCACCUAUCGAAAUUACUGGUCUCUUAAAGAGUUCUCUACGUUGGAUUAAUCAGCUUAUUGAACGUGGUCAAUAUUCCUGGACUGGUAUUGAUAACGUCAAGAUCAACAACGAAACAACUCAAACAGUUACUUACAAAUUUUGGAAUGAUCUUUUACAAGAAAAUUUUGAAAGAGUUUAUUAUAUUCCUUCGGACCCCUCUCAAGAUAAACAAUAUGAUGUGAUCUCAAAGAUUGUAAAUCGUCGCGGUGUUUAUAAGGAUGUCUAUCGAGCUACUGAAGCUUAUACAGAAUAUGAGCUUCGACCUAAUAUUUUUAUUGCCAUGACAGUAGCCCCUGAAUUAUUUGAUAAAGAGCACGCAAAACAAUGUAUUACCCUUUGUCGUUCUAUUUUAUUAGGGCCCCUUGGUAUGCGUACCUUAGAUCCUACUGACCAACAAUAUCGACCUUAUUAUCAUAAUUCAGAGGAUUCAGAUGAUUUUAAGACAGCUAAAGGACGUAAUUACCAUCAAGGGCCUGAAUGGUUAUGGCCCAUUGGAUAUUAUCUUCGUGCAGCUCAUUACUUUGAUGCUCUUUCAAAUCAAGAAAUUGCUUCUAUUCUACGUGAACAUCGUAAAUAUAUAGAUCAGAGCGUUUGGUGUGGUUUGCCAGAAUUAACAAAUAAGGAUGGCGAAUUUUGUGAAGAUUCUUGUACUACCCAGUCAUGGUCUUCUGCAACUUUAUUGGAAUUGUUUUAUGACUUAAUUGAGGGUAAUAAGCAUUGUUAAAUGUAGUAAUAAAAAUAAAAAAUAUGCUUAGCAGUAUUUCAAUUUUGCAUUA